AUGUGGCUCCCGACGAGGGAGCCGCGAAGGGCCGCGACUUGCGUCGCGGCCCUACCGGUCGGAAGCCUGCAAAGGCCGACGAUCAACAACAACCCAGCCACGAAGCGCAAGUCGCACAAGAGGAAUAAGAAGAAGAAGCUGCGCGCGCCGGACUCGGCGGAAGCGUCGCUGUCCAAGCCGCAAGGCAAGGACGCGGGGCGCCAGUACACCGUCGAAGAGGUGCGGUACGUCGUGGCGCGCACUGAGCUCUUCCGGCUGCUGGAGCAAGACCCGAUCUUGGUCUUCCUCAAGCCCAAGCUGAUGAGCAACUUCACGGGCCCAUUCGUCGCGCCGGACUUCGAUAGUCUCACCAGCGUCGCCCACGCCGCGCCGAUUCUCUUCCAGAUGCUGCGUGAUUCGGGAUUCGUGCUGGGAUCUUUCGAGAUGGAGAAGCUGUGCGACUGGGACCUCAAGUCCUGGUUGCGCGCGAUUCGCGUCGUGCAGGAGCUCUUGACGAUUCUCGCCGGGUCCGUC